UUUUCUAGAUUUAUAAAGGUUUUGUUAUAGGCAGUGGAUAUUUUGCCGUGACCGAGUAAGUUUCUACUAACUAUUUUACCGUGAGUGCAACACCUAAUAAUACAUUAAUCUUCUUAUAUAAGGAGAAAGAGAAAAAACAAAAAUUCUGUUAAAAAGACAAUGGUAAUAGUUUGAGUGAUAGUUUACAACAGGGUCCUGUGAGAAGAAUUAAAGGUAAUAUGGUUCAGUACCUAGCAUGAGGGGUCAUGAGGAUACACCCCAUUUCGUCACCAAAACCCCAACUCAUCACCAAUAUCAAUUUCGUUUCGUCAUAACCAACAAUCGCUGGUAUUAGUGACAAAUUGUAAGUUAUUAUUUUACACAAAUAGAAAUUACACAUGUAUACAGACGACUCAAGAAGUAUUGUUAUUAUUAUACAUGAAUAUUGUUUAAUAAAGAACACGAUUCAACAUUGGUAAAUAAACCUCUGCCUCCAAGCCCUGUCCACAUUGGUAAGAAAGGUCCUAGCUCAUUAAUUAAGCCUUUCCCCAAACUGUAAUUAUCACCAAUGUAUUCAGCAAGAAAAACUACUCUAGGAAAACGUUUAAAAAGAUAACUAUAUUAAUGGGUUUGUGUGGAAUAAAUAUUUUCGUUUCCUUCAGUGAUUUAUGAAUUAAUUUAAAUGCCUAACGAGACGAGUGAAUAUAAAUUGUGGAAGAGAAGUACUACCGAGAAGGAUACACCCCAUUUCGUCACCAAAACCCCAUUUCGAAACCACUAACUGUCGCUGGUAUUAGUGACAAAUUGCAAAUUAUUAUUUUACACGAAUAGAAAAACACAUGUAUACAGACGACCCAAGAAGUAUUGUGUUAGUAUUAUACAUGAAUAUUAAUUAUUUAAUAAAGAAAACGAAUAAAACAUUGGAUAUUAAACAAAAUACAGAACAAAUGAAGGUGAUUUGGCACCAACGCAUAAAUCACCGAGCAGCUAGAUGAUUGCAGGCGUAUUAACAAUGUUUUUAUUUUCAAUUUAUGUCUUUAAUAAAUUGUCUUGGUGUUUUUUUUAUUAUUAUCUAUCCCAAACAACAGUUAUUUUCGUGUAUAUAGUUAUGGGAAUGAACGCUGUGACGAUAUGGGCAGACCCCGUUCUCGGUUAUAAAUCCAGGUUUAACCCACAGACUUGGACGAAUCAAUGAAUUAGUUAUACUAUUGUGUGAAUAAAAAAAAAAAAAAAUUAUACUAGUGUAUUGUGUUACAAAGUCCCAAAAGGGAUCAUUUAAACUAAUAGCUCACCAUUUAGAGUAAACCCCAAGUAGAUAUUGUAUUCUUCCUCCAGUAUUGGAUAUUUGUACAGUAUCUACAAUGAUUAAUAAUGAAGAAACUGCUACCACCAGAAGCAGUUGUUUGAUUUCUUAAUUUUUUUUUCCACAGAUGCUCUUAUUUUGGUAAUGUCUGAGAACAGCACUUCCACCAGAAGGAGUUGCUCGAUUUUGUUCAUUUUUUCCACUGUUGUUUUUUGGUUAUAGUAAUAAAUAUUAUAUGACAUUGCACAUAACUUAAUAAAACCUGGUAUUAUUAUCGUUUUGGUCAUGCAGCAAAUUUUAGAAUUUUAAGUUUAGUUUACGUUGGGUUAGGUUAGGUUGAAAUUAUGGUUUUCCGAUUUUUUUUAAUAUGUUUUGAACGACUUCCAAAUUGGUGCAUGACUGUAAUGAUAAUUUUACCAUAGACCCUGACCUAACGAACCAAAGAAACCUACUUAACCUUACCUAACUUCUUAGCCGGGCAGCUCCCGGCUAUAUUAAACAGAAAGUACUUAUUUUGAUGACUGGUCCCAACGAAAACAACUUUGUUGAAGCGUCUUGGUGUAAUGUUAUGUUUUUUUGUGAAUGUGAGGGUACGCUUGGACCGAGUGGGUCGGUUGUAAACAAACAGAGCAGAUGAUAAUAUACACUGACUUAGGAAAUUAGGUAAAGUUAGGUAGGUUCUAGUAAAUGUUGUCAACUUUUUCUGGUGGUAGUGAUGUUGUCAUACAUUACCAAUAAUAACAGCGCUUAUGCAAUACAGAAAUAUAAUUUCUUUCAGGGUUUUUCAAUGGGUGCCAUUCAUGGGAAAGGUCGCUUUAAGUGCAGUGGCUGCCAUCGUUCCUUCUCUUGGCGUUUAGACCUAGCUGAACAUGUUAAUCAAUGCAGAUCUGUACAACAGAGAAAAUGCAAAGAUCAGCAAGCUGAGUAUUAUCUACUUGGAUCAUGCUUCCUCUGUGGUUGUCACCUGUCAGGUGUCCAGUCAGAAGAGGCAUCUUUCAUCAAGGGGCUCCAGAAGCUCUACCAUUCAAAGAGGUCAUUGAUAGAGGUACUGGAGGUAAUCACUCAAGAUUCUACCCUUGUGUCCCUCGCACAACACACCAUUGGUCUCUGCAAAGACUGUAUGAAUGCUGUCAACAGAUGGGACGAGAUGGAACAACAGCUUUUGACUAUUGCAAAAUCUCUCCGCAAUUCAUACAGAUUAAAACACAGAAAAGAUGGUACAAAACUCCUUGAAAAGAGAGUAAUACUAGUAUCUAAGGAACAGCGAGAUAUCUGCAAUGAAGCUGUUAAUGAUGCUGAAGAUGAUGAAGAUGAAGAACUUCCUGAAGACCAUGAGUCCGAAAAUCAGGAAGGAAUUGUGAAACAGGAAAAAACAGAUAUGACUAACCAGCAUGAAAAAUUUCAAGAUUGUGACAAAAAGGAAUAUACCUGUGACUGUGGAAAGACUGUGAGAGGUCUUGAUGUGUUUGUGGAGCAUCAGUUACGUGCAGGGUGCAGGAUCAAGACUAAUGAGUACCCCUGCAAGUACUGUGGCUCUGUAUUUGCAGAAAAGAAAUUGCUGAUUGUUCAUAAGAAAGCGUGCAUUGAAGGUUCCUUGAUUAAUGGGGCUCAUGAGUGUGACAUAUGUGGUAGAAGAUUUCUAGUACGUGGUCGAGUAGAAACUCACAAGAGGAAUGUCCACAGUAUUGGAACUGCUGAUCAACAGCUGUGCAGUUUUUGUGGCCGCACAUUUGGGUCAAGUUACAACAUGAAAAAUCACCUUGCUCGAGAACAUGGUAUUGGGCAGAUUGAAGUGGUUGUAUGUGAGUUAUGCGGCGGAAAAUUUUCUGACCGAUCAAGUUUACGUAACCACAUGAAAAACAUCCACGGGGAACGCAAAUAUGAAUGUGAGACUUGUGGAAAAAAGUUUGCUACUCCUGGCAUGCGCAAUCAUCACAUAAAUGAGAUGCAUAAUAAUACUUAUAAUUAUGAAUGCAACUUGUGUGGUGAACAAUUCCAUGUCAGUUUCAAGUACAGGUACCAUAUGCGCAAGAUGCAUAACACACUUCAGUAUGCAUGUGAUGACUGUGGACGAACAUUCAUUAUGCGCAGUGAUCUCUACCGCCAUGUUCGUGGUGUACACAUGGGAAUACGUGACCCCAAACGCUAUCCAUGUAAAGUUUGUGGUCGACUUUUCCCGAGCAAGUACAAGGUUAAAAGACAUAUGAGCAGCCAUGGAUAUUUGGCAUCUAAAGUUGAUAAGAACAUUUUAGAACAACAAGUUACUGAUGCAGAGUCUGCUAACAUUCCUCAAGAACAAAGUGAAUCAGGCAUUAGCUCCAGAUUGACUGAGGCAACCACAAAUAAUAAUGAUCGAACAAGUAUAGAUGUCCAUCAGCUUCCUGUUUCAGAAAUCUAUUCUCAGGGACCUCACAUCACAACUCUUACACCUGAGAUCCUCCAAAGCGGAGUGGGUCCAGACAUGGUGGCAACAGAGACGAUGGUUGUUGGCUCAAUGUCGAGUAUUGUUGUUUCUGCAUCAUCUAUCCCAGACAGCAUCACAGCUGAGCUUCAUCAUGCUCACCAGGAUGCACAUCACCAUCAGCUGAACCAAAAUCAGGAGCAGCACCACCAUGAGCAAACACCAGACCAUGACCAACAGUUUUGCCAAGGAAAUUCAUUAAUGCAACAGACUUUAACAUCUUCCAUUAUUCCAGUACAGCAGAUGAUUGUGAUUCAAGACUCUGUCACUGUUCCUGGGCAUACUGAGUUUUCUGUUCCACCUCCAACAAGUCAAGUUAUCUCUGUCCCACAGCCAACAUCUCAAGUAAUAUCUGUUCCACCAGUUUCAGGGCAAGUCAUAUCUGUCGCUCAGUCAAAUAGUCAAGUCAUCUCUGUUCCUACAGUCAGCAGUCAGGUAAUUUCUGGCACUCUCCACACACCUCAGGCCACCUUUGCUGUGCCUAUGCCUCAGCAUACAAGUCAAAUCAACAAUCAACAAAAACUUCCUGCAAUACACUACCAAUAUUUUCCUUCCUAAAAUAUCCUAUUUUUUGUAGUAAUAUUAUCUCAAAUCAUUAUUAAAAAAGAAAAUCUGUUCA